AGCCUCGGUGACUGGGUGCCGAAAGAACCAGAUGAUGAAUCCAGAAAUCAAGAACAAGGCAAGAAGUAAAAAGAACGAAGAGGAAAAGACGGAGGAAGUCGCGAGUGUAAGCGCCGAAGCAGAGUUGGGCACUCCCAAGGCGGGGUUCUUCCGCCUCCCAUCAAGCACUGGAAGCCAACUCUUCGAAGAAACGUCGGAUGACGAGGAUACCCCCCUCAUCGUCCGAGUGCGACGCGCAAGGAUGAGGAAGUCUGGCGGACACUCUGGGCUUCACCAGGAAAUGGCCCAGGAACUCAGAACAGCCACGACGGCGGACUUAGGGGUGGAACAGAUCCGGUUAGCUGACGAGGUGGUUGUGGUUGCCGAAAAAUCUGGCAAUCUCAAGGACAGAUACGUGAAGACCCUAAAGUACGCGGCAACGUUCUUCACCCUCAAUGCAACAGAGUUGACAAGAAGAGUGGACGCCGCGCCGUGCGUCGCCAUAGUGGAAGCACGAAUAACGGCAAUGGAGGCACGAUUGACGACAAUGGAAGCACGAUUGACGACAAUGGAAGCGGGGAUCGCGGCGCUCGGAGAGAAGAUACCCCCGCACUUUGUAACGGAGAAGAGCGGCAAGUCGCCCCUGUCUGCUAUCGAGCGCAAGAUGGAGCAGGUGGGCACCGCGUUGACCCGACUAGCAGAGGGACGCCUACCAGACAUCGACGGGAAAAAGGAAACGGAGGCCGUCCCCAAGCAGGCCACAAGAAGGGUGGACACUGAAGCUCCAAACGCUCCAGCGACUAUGGAUGGACAAGCGACUACCAUGAAAUGGCAGAUCGUGGAAAGGAGAAGGAAAAGCAAGAAGGCGUCGAUCGAAAAACAACCGGCGAGGACGACCACGGUGUCAGGGUCGAAGAAUUCGAGAAAAGCCCCAGGGCGAAGAACGGAGACCGUGGAAAAAAGGGGUGACAAGCCGCCCCUCCCGCGCACACCGCGAACAUCAGCGGUCACCAUCACGACGAAGGAAGGAUCGGCCCAAUCCUACGUGGAGGUGUUGGCCUUUGCCAGAGGCAGUAUCCCUCUGGCCGAGGUCGGCGUCAAGGCGCUGAGGAUGCGGAAAGCCAUGACCGGAGGCGUCGUACUAGAGCUCACCGAAGACCAGAAGGGGGAAAAGGCUGCCGCGCUCGCGGCACAUCUGACGCGGAUUUUGGAUCCCAGCAAGGUCCGAGUAGCGGUACCUUUUCGAGCCGCGGAAGCAAGGGUGGUCGGGAUAGACAUCUCGGUCACCAAAGAAGAGAUAAGGGACACCCUGGCAAAAGAGGGUGGCUGCAAGGCGGAGGACAUCCAACUGGGCAAGGUCCGAUCCGACCGAAACGGUCUUGGAUCCGUGUGGAUGCGAGGCCCGGCCGGAGCGGUGAGGAUACUGGCCCAGGCUGGCAAGGUGCCUGGAGAUCGGGCACGUGAAGAGGACGUGCACCUCCAAGGAGGACAGGGGGCACCUGUGCUACAGGUGCGGUGGCCCGGGACACCGAGCCAUAGGAUGCACCGCCGCAAACCCGAAAUGCCUGUCCUGCGAGGCGCUCAGGGCACCGUCGGCGCAUAGGAUGGGAGGACCGGUUUGCGCUCCUCCGAGGAAGGAAACGAGAAGAAGAGCCACCCGCGGCUGCAAGUGGUGAAAAGGAAGGCUCGCCGCUGCAGGGUACCUGAGACCCUGAACCCGACAGCAAGGAUGUCGGUGCGGAGGACGCCAUGGAAGCGAUGAACUUAGGAGACUAAGAACAUGCGCAUCCUCCAAACGAACCUGGGACCGUCUUGAAGAGCGUAAGACCUGCUCUUUCAAACUAUCCGGGAGAACGCGGCCGCCCUAGCUGUGGUGGCCGAACCGUACAAUAUGCUGGACGCUCCGGACUGGACCGGAGACACGGACGAGAUGGUCGCCGUCACUUGGACAUCA